AUGGCUGGAGACGAGAUCCUCCGCAAGGAAGUCUCCCCGGAUCAUGCGGGGCCGUCGGGCAAGCAACAAGGCUUUGGAGAGGACCGUGAACUUGGCUCCGAGCCCGAACUCUUUGAAGUGGACAGGGUCGAGCGUGUAUACGAAAAGCUGGACCGUCGAAUUCUGCCGGCAUUCUGGGUCCUUUACUUUCUCUGCUCCGCCAUCCGUUCCAAUGUCGGCCUUGCCCAGACGAUGAACAGCGACGUUGGCCAUGACCUCGCAUCACAGAUGCACCUGACCGCCAAAGAGGUCUCCACCGGCCUGGCCCUGUUCUAUGUUUGCUAUGUCAUCUUCGACCUUCCCUCCAAUCUGAUCAUGUCGAGACUCAGCCCGCACAUCUGGAUGAGCAGAAUCGUCGUUGGUGUCGGCAUAAUCGGAGCGUGCAUGGCUGCUGUGAGGUCCGAGUGGAGCUUUUAUCUCUUGCGACUACUGCUGGGAAUUGUCAUCGCCGGCAUGUGGCCAGGAAUGUCCUACUACCUUACGCUUUUCUACCCGCCCUCGAGGACCGGCAAGCGGAUUGGGCGUUACUACACUGCUGCUCAACUCUCCGCCGCCGUCGUCGGCCUCGUUUCCGCCGGUUUCCAAGAGAUGGACGGCUUGGGUGGCCUGGUCGGCUUUCAAUGGAUGUUCCUCGUCUACGGCCUCAUCACCAUCAUUGUCGGCAUCUCCUUGCUUUGGUGGCUACCAGACCGACCACUUCCUCCUAGCCAGCUCAGAGACCGGACCGGAUGGAAGAAGUGGAUUCCCGAGAGUAAACCAGCUCUGGAGGGAGAAGACGCCAUCCUCCACUACGAGGACCUAAAGAGAGUCUAUCACAACAAAGCCUGGACGCUCAAAGACCUGUGGCAAGUUUUCACUGACUGGCGUCUUUGGCCGCUCACUAUCAUGUACUUCGGCGUUGUUGGUGUUGGCAUUGGUACUCAGCUGUAUGCCAGCGUCAUCAUCAAGGGCAUUAACCCAAGCUUGAGUAGCGUCAAUUUGUCGCUACUAACGGCCCCCAUCUGGAUCGCGGACCUCAUCGCCAUCAUACUCGUCACGCCCCUGUCCGAUCGUUUCCACUACUAUCGUGCUCCUUUCUUCGCGGUCGCGGUCCUGAUCCAAAUUGCCGGUCUUCUUGUCACUACAUUCGCACCCGCCCACCCUUACCCGUGGGCCCGCUACGGCGGACUUCUUAUGGUCGGAUUCGGCCUCGGCCCGACGGUGCCCCUGACCAUGGCCUGGACCAACGAGCUCUUCCAGCCGCGCCACGGCGAGGUCGGCGUCGCCGCCGCGUCCGCCCUCGUCUCGGGGCUCGGCAACCUCGGCUCCAUCCUCACCACCUACGCCCUCUACACCGGCUGGCCCGCCGACGCCGCCGACGCCCGCCACAAGUACCGCCGCAGCAACCUCGUCAUGGUCGCCAUCCUGUGCGCCAGCGUCGCGGCCGCCGCCGUCAUGUGGGCCGCCGUGUGGAUGACUGGCGCUGGCGGCGGCGGCCCGGUUGGCGCGGUGGGGAGGGACGCCGGUGGUGGUGGUCUUGUCGUUGUUGUGCGCGAAGGUGAGGGGGAGGAGGUCGUUGUUUUGGAUGGGGCGGCGAGGAGGGAGGGGAGGCAGAGGGGGUUUCAGAAGAUGUUGGGGAAGUGGUGA